AUGACGGCUCUCCUUUCUUCCCUCAUCACCCUUUGUUUCAGUCCGGCCACACACCCUCCUCGCUACCUUCUGGAUCGCUGAGAACCUCCAGCUGCAGCUUCUUGCCCAGACCCGAGGCCCGAGCGGAGCGUCCAGCUCAGACGAGACCUCCAUGGAUCCACUCCAGAAAUGGAAUCCGGUGUUGAUCUCGGGAUCUUCCCGGAUGCCGGCGGCAGAGACUUCGCAGGCGGGCCCAGCAGCCCCUCGGCCUUCCUGCUCGGAGCAGCUGACGGGGGCCCUGGGAAACCCACGCCCCGGCCCUGGCACCAGCCACCCUGCGCCCCUGCCAGAGGGGCUGCUCCAGCAGCGGUACCGGGAGGAGAAGAGCCUGCCAGAGAGGCGGUGGGAGAAGCUGGCGCUCCCGCAGAAGAAGAAAGCAAUCCUGGGCCACCUGAGGCGCAGACACCGGGAUCACAUGGCACCUUACCCGGCUGAGCGGGAACCCAGGCUCGUUCCGUCAGGGAGCAGGGAUCAGAAUCGAUUCCGAUGCGAGUGUCGAUACUGCCAGAGCCACAGGCCCACUCUUGCCGGGAUCCCUGGGGAGAGGAGCGGGGCCCCUCCCGCGUCCUCCUGGGAGGCGCUGGUGCAGGGCCUCAGCGGCCUGACCCUCAGCCUGGGCGGCAGCCAGCCCGGCCUCCUGCCCGGAGGGGCGCUCCAGCAGCAGGAGAGGGAGGAGAAGCGCCAGCUGGAGAGGCAGCAGGAGAGCAAGAGAGUGUUCCAGAGGCUGCUCAAACAGUGGUUAGAGGAAAACUGAGGCACUGCCGGUCACGCGACGCAGGUCGGAAGGGAUUCAGACGUAGACGCGGUGUUGCCGGCUCCGGGGCGGGGGCCAGACAGUGAGCUCUGGUCGGGGGACUGCCGAGGCCUGUGUCUUCACCGGAAUCCUCCAGGAAAAACUUGGUUUCUCCUCCUCAUCUUGAUGUCAAGAAGUUACAAAGUAUCCCAUGUAGCAGCAGUGCUUUCCUGACAUCCAUUCCUUUUGGCCCAUUUUAUUGACUGCCUCCCAGAAGCAGCACUUUCCAGUGUGGUGGAAAGCAUGUGUGUCGUACAGUUGGAUUAUUGAGAGGAAGUCGUGAGAAGAUGAGCUGCAAUUUCCAGAACCUGAAGCAGGAGAAUGCGUGAGAAUUGCAUCCACGCAUUGGACUGUUUGGGUUAAACAUUCGACUAAGGUAACCUACCUAGUCCUCUGAUUUUACCAGAGCACAUGGAAUAGCCUUCUCCAAAUGUGAAAAUAGGUCCUCUUCUGGCACCACCUGCUUUCUGGUGUAGUUGAUAUGGACUGAAAUUUCAUCUUGUGAUCUCAUCAGAGAGCUUGAGAGGACAUUAGGAGGGCACAAACAUUUUGGUUACAUUUUAAGGAUGGGAAAAAGACUGGCGAGGAGGAGCUGCGUGGACUCGCGUGGCAACAGUUCUAUUUCUGGAUAAUCAGAUGAGCCACAUCAACCAACAACAUGAACCCACUCCACGCCUGCUGUGCUAGCAGUGGCCGGGGGCACCCUGGAUGGCUGGGCGGCACAGGCUUCCCUUUCGGUUCCGUGGACCCGUUACCACCAAGUCAUCUGUUGGAAACCUCCCUCCCUUAGGCGACAAGGCCAACAGCUCAGCAGAGCCCACUGUCAUGGGGACGGGAAAGAAAUGUUCCGAGUGGAUACACCUACCUCCACUGUUCCCUCCUGCUACCCCUACCUGGUUGUGCUCUCUAUGGGACAGGCAGCUCCUGUACUUUUCCCUGGAUUGAGUACUACUUAUGCUUUCACUUUGUCACUACUAUUAGCUGAUCAUUAUGCCGCUUUU